UUUGUCUGUCCUACACCCCCCCCCCCCCCCACUUCCCCCGUACUAGCUGGCCCCCCCCCCCCCGCUCUCCAACACAGACAACAACCCCUACCAGGCAGCCCAGAGCUCACUCUGGGGCCAGAGCUGAGACCUUGCCUGCCCACCCUCCCCUUUCCACAGGAAUCCGGGCACCGGGGCUGGCAAGUGGACGCACAGAGACCUGGUCGGCUGGGGCAGGGCUGCCCACAGGACCCAGGGUCUGGCAGCCCCAGCUGUCCAGAGCUGGUCCCUUGUAGCCAAGACUGGGCCCAACUCACCCGCCCUCAUAGUCCUGGGGCCAUUGCCCAGGUGUGGCCUCUUCCAAGUACACCUUGGCGCCACUCUGGCCGCCACCCUGAGAGACCCCUCAGGGGCAGGUCCUGACCACUGAGGGUGGAGGUGAGGAGAUGGGGAUAUUUUAGGGAGAUUGAGGAGCGGGGGAAGGUGGUGCCAUUGUGCUUGUUCCGUCGCCCUGACUCCGUGCCUGUGGUCUUCAGGUGUGUUUACGAGUCCUGUGGGUCACCCCCACGCCCACCCUCAGUUCCCACUUUCUGGUGAGCCCUCAGUCGUGGAAAAAGGGGACAGGAGUGCAGGGGACAGAAACUCAAGCCCUGGGCUGCGAGCGAGCGGCCAGCGGCAAGUCUCCAGCCUGCCGGCAGGGGGAGCCCGAGCAGCCCUCACGCUCGGCCGGCGCCGCACAAGCGCCCCAUUAAAAGCGUCGCCGGCCGGCAGACCGCGGCGAGACUUGCGUCCGGCUGUCCGGGCCCGCUUCCUCCCUCCCCGGGCCCAGGGCACCGGGCCCGGUGUGACUGGCGGUGGUGUGGAGGCUCAAACUUGAGCAAACAAAUAAGUUCAGGGACGCCUCCCUCUCUCCGGUGUAAACUUGGGGCUCUAGACACACCCAUCCCCCCAUCCCAGAAAAGCGCGAGGAAAGGAGGUGGGGGUCGGGAGCUAGCAGGAUCAGAGAGCAGGGAGGAGGGGAGCCAGGGCUGGGGGACGGGUUUGGGGGCCAUAGUCCCAGCCUGCAGGGUCGCACGCUGGGGGAAGGGCCCCGCCCCCCUCCCCGUCCAGGGCGGGGGCGCAUCUCUGGGCGGGAGGGAGUUAAGCCGGGUGCCCUCGAUGCUCCACGUAGGAGCUGGCUCCGGCUGCCGGCUGCGGUCAGGGCCACCGUAUAAAUAGGGCGGGAGACCCGAGCGCCGAGGACUUGCCGCCGCCCGCGCCCCGCCGUCGCCGCUGCCCCCAGCCCCGGCCCCAGGCGUCCCGGCCAUGGCUCGCCCGAUGCUCUUGCUCAGCCUCGGCCUUCUGGCCGGUCUGCUGCCGGCGCUGGCCGCCUGCCCCCAGAACUGCCACUGCCACGGCGACCUGCAGCAUGUCAUCUGCGACAAGGUGGGGCUGCAGAAGAUCCCCAAGGUGUCAGAGAAGACCAAGCUGCUCAACCUACAGCGUAACAACUUCCCGGUGCUGGCUGCCAACUCGUUUCGGGCCAUGCCGAACCUCGUGUCGCUGCACCUGCAGCACUGCCAGAUCCGCGAGGUGGCCUCCGGCGCCUUCCGUGGCCUCAAGCAGCUCAUCUACCUAUACCUGUCCCACAACGACAUCCGUGUGCUGCGCGCCGGCGCCUUUGACGACCUGACCGAGCUCACCUACCUCUACCUGGACCACAACAAGGUGACUGAGCUGCCCCGGGGGCUGCUCUCUCCACUGGUCAACCUCUUCAUCCUGCAGCUCAACAACAACAAGAUCCGUGAGCUGCGCGCAGGCGCCUUCCAGGGCGCCAAGGAUCUGCGCUGGCUCUACCUGUCGGAAAAUGCACUCAGUUCCCUGCAGCCUGGCGCUCUGGACGAUGUGGAGAACCUCGCCAAGUUCCACCUGGAUAGGAACCAGCUGUCCAGCUACCCCUCAGCUGCUCUGAGCAAGCUGCGAGUGGUGGAGGAGCUGAAGCUGUCCCACAACCCCCUGAAAAGCAUUCCUGACAACGCUUUCCAGUCCUUCGGCAGAUACCUGGAGACCCUCUGGCUGGACAAUACCAACCUGGAGAAGUUCUCCGACGGCGCCUUCCUGGGUGUGACCACGCUGAAACAUGUCCAUCUGGAGAACAACCGCCUGAACCAGCUGCCCUCCAACUUCCCCUUUGACAGCCUGGAGACCCUCACCCUCACCAACAACCCCUGGAAGUGUACUUGCCAGCUUCGGGGCCUCCGGAGGUGGCUGGAAGCCAAGACUUCCCGCCCUGAUGCCACUUGCGCCUCACCGGCCAAGUUCAGGGGCCAGCACAUUCGUGACACCGACGCCUUCCGCGGCUGCAAGUUCCCUACUAAGAGGUCCAAGAAAGCCGGCCGCCAUUAAACAGGUCCUGACCCAGCCAGUCCUGGUGACUGGCCUCUGUCUUCUGCUGGAGAAACUACUGACCCUCCCACCUCUCACCCACACCUUCUCCCCACAGCCUCUGCUGAUGCACAGAGCUGUCCACACCUAGAUGGUCCUGGCAGGGGGAGUCGGGCGCUCCACCAUGAGCCCACUUCCACCUGCCGUGGAGAGCGCCAUCACACCUGGCCCCACCACCAUGGCUGCUCUCAGAGAAGCUGUUGCUGAGACCCCCAAGUCCUUCAGAACCAGAAUACGGUGGUCAUCAGGAUGGCCAACCUUCCAGAAUCCUCCUUCCCUCUGCCCCCCUUUCCCUGCUAUUUGGAAACAUCAGAUCCUUGCCCCACCCUUGCUCCCAGAAUGGGUCUUAAGCCCGUCUCCCAACUCCGCCAGCCCCCACCUGCCAGGACACUCUAGCAGGACACCGGUGCUUUGCUGCAUAGCCUCCCAUGCUGCAUUUCUUCCCCAGAUGUCUAUAAAUAUAAAUAUAUGUAUGUAUGAUAUUUACUUCCUUGUCCCCUAUCUCCAUGACUCGCCAGCUACUGAAGAGGUCAGACUGCAUUUUCUCACAUCUGCUUUCUGGAAUGAGGGCUAGCUGAGAGGGUCUUCUUGGAGAUGCAGCCUAGGCUCACCCCUACUCCCGCCAAUCUGUC